GUGAUUUGAUCCUGCCUAAGCUCCCCCUUUGUCAGUUACAGCUGCCAGCUGCUGGCCCAGAGCCGCCCCGGAGCCCGCGGGAAGUUUCCUCUCCGCUUCGCAUCUGGCUCUUCUCCUCCCGCGGUGCCUUUCCCCGCCAUUGGCCAAGGCGGAGCGCCCGGCGUCGGGCUGGGGCCGGGGGGCGAACGCGCCGCUGGCCGGGCGCUGGAAGGGGAAGAUCCCGGAGCCGGGGCCCCGCGCGGGGGAGCUGGGGGGUCAGUCGGAGCGGAGCUGUCCCCGGCGCGCCCCCAGCAGCGAUGCGCCUGGCGGAGGUGGCUGCGUUGGGGCUGUGGCUGGCUUGCCUGCGCCGGGCGCAGGGCGAGACCUUCACCUCCAUGCUCACCGUCCGGCAGGCGCUGGCCACCGAGCGGCGGCUGCUGCGGCACCUCGGAGCCUACCUGGAGGCGGAGACCCACCGGCUGAAGGACCUGCGGAGGUUUUACAACAAGGUGCAGGAUUUGCACCAAGGAACCGGGGGCUCUGCGGCGAACCCGUUACUCGCCUACACGCUGAUCAAGAGGCUGCAGUCCGAUUGGCUGAAUGUGGUGCACAGCCUGGAGGCCAGUGAGAACACCCAAGCGCUCAAGUACGGCUACACGCAGGUGGAGAAGGACCUGCCUGAGUUCGAGGACUUGGAGGGAGCAGCACGGGCGCUGAUGAGGCUGCAGGACGUCUACGCUCUGAGCGUGAAGGGGCUGGCGAAAGGCGUGUUCCAGAGAGCCAGCGGCACCCACCUCCCCGACAUCUACAGCCCUGGGCAGCUCUUCCCACUCUCCGCUGAUGACUGCUUCCUCGUUGGCAAGGUGGCGUACAACAUGGCGGAUUACUACCACUCCAUUGCCUGGCUGGAGGAAGCCGUCGGCCUCUUCCGCGUCUCCUACGGGGAGUGGAACACGGAGGACGAGGGCAGCCUAGAGGACGCGCUGGACCAUCUGGCUUUUUCCUAUUUCAAGGCAGGAAAUGUGUCUCAUGCCUUAAGCCUCUCCAGAGAGUUUCUUCACUACGAUCCCAGCAACAAAAGAAUCGCUAGGAACGUCCUGAAGUAUGAAAGGCUCUUGGUGGAAAGUCCAGAGCGCGCCAAGGCUGAGGUGGGCCUGCAGAGGCCGAAUGUGACUCACCUGCAGACUAGGGACCUCUAUGAAGAGCUGUGCCAGACUCUGGGGUCACAGCCAACCCAGUAUCAGAUCCCAGCCCUCAAUUGCUCGUACGAGACGAACGACAGCCCCUACCUGAUCCUCCAGCCGGUGAAAAGAGAGCUGAUCCGGCUGCAGCCGUACGUAGCCCUGUACCACGACUUCGUCAGCGACCUGGAGGCGGAGAAGAUCAAGGGGCUUGCAGCUCCCUGGCUGCAGAGAUCAGUGGUUGCCUCGGAAGAGAAGCAGCAGAAAGCCGAGUACCGGAUAAGUAAGAGCGCCUGGCUGAAGGACACCGUCGAUCCUGUGAUCGUGUCGCUAGAUCAGAGGAUUGCAGCCCUGACUGGCUUGAACGUUCGGCCACCGUAUGCAGAGCACCUACAGGUGGUGAAUUAUGGGAUAGGUGGACACUACGAGCCUCAUUUUGACCAUGCCACUUCGAGAAAGAGCCCCCUUUACAGAAUGAAGUCGGGUAACAGACUGGCCACCGUCAUGAUCUAUCUGAGCUCCGUAGAUGCCGGAGGAUCCACUGCCUUUAUCUAUGCAAACCUCAGCGUGCCUGUGGUCAAGAAUGCAGCUCUGUUUUGGUGGAACCUUCACAGGAACGGAGCCGGGAACGGAGACACCCUCCACGCCGGCUGCCCAGUCCUUGCAGGAGACAAGUGGGUGGCAAACAAAUGGAUCCACGAACACGGGCAGGAGUUCCGAAGGCGGUGCGGCCCCGACCCGGAUGACUAAGGGCCGGAGCAGAGCCUGAGCACCCCACCCGAGCCAAAGGCGUGGGAGGAGGUGGGGGAUGGAAACCCACCGCCAUCAGAGCCGGAAGCCGGGACCACCGAAAAGCCAGCUGGUUGGCUGCAAGGGAAUAUGGCCUGCUGCCAAGGCACGUCUCAGCAAGGCUUCCUCUGCUGCGUAUUGAGUCUAAGGAUCUAGGAGGGGCCGGGAGGGGGGAAUGGAACAAAAGUCACUGUGGGAGGGGAGCAGGGAACUUGUAAGGAGAGAAAGAGGCAGCUGGAUGCGCUAGGGAACAAGAACAGCAUAAAGGGCGUGAUGCCGUUCCUAGGAAGUUUCCAUGGCCAAGGGGGAGGAACUAGGCUGAGGGCCAAAGUCUGAUUUCAGUUCCUCUGACCGUGUUGAGUCUGGAGUUAUUCACUGACUUCAACACUAGGUUGGCACCAGUGUCCUUUAGAGCAGAGUUUGGUCUAUCAGGGGAAAAUAAAGCAAAGGGAGACUGAAUAGCUGGGGCCAUCCCCUAAUGGGGGUGACUCUGACCUGAACAAUAUGCUGGAGGAAUCAGUGUUGCAUUGGGUGAGGGUAAGGCAGCGGUUCUCAAUUAGAUCUACCCGCGGGCUGACUGGAGAAUGUUAUGACCCGAGCCGGGCCGUUUGCGCAGAAGGCUGACAUUUAAAACAAAUAAUAAUUUCAGCUGCCAAUAA